CUCUCCUUUCACUUGCUGUCCCUUCAUCUGCCAUGCUGAUCCGAAGUGCUGCGUCAAUCUGCCUCAUCUUCCUUCUUGUACGAGGGCUGAACAUCUCCCAGCCUCAGGGUCAAGUGGAAGCAAAGGAGGGAAGCAACAUCACUUUAGUGUGCACGAUGACAAGUGAGACUCCAGUGGGACCGGUGAGAUGGUACAAAGGGGCUGACAGCAAGCACAUACACUUCUAUUCAGAGGUCCCCAAAGGAGGUGAUCACAAUGACCCUCGAGUGACUUGGACGAUGGAGAACCCAACUGUCAACUACAGUAUCACAGUAAGAGACGUCAGAGUCAAUGACACGGGAGAGUAUUACUGUGUGAAAUACACAAAGGCAGAUGAGGAGAAACCGUACACCUCAGGACCGGGGAUCAACAUGACUGUGAAAGUGACAGAUGAAGAAGGAACUGAGAUGACCACCCAAGUCAAUCUGCCUACCAGCACCAAGUUCACCUGUAUGAUCACACAGCUUCACUCAGACAUCAUCAAAACUGAACAGCCAUUGGUGGGCCAGACGCUGAGCUUCACACUUCAUGAGAAAAUGACAAAUACCAACAGAAUGUUCACAACAAACAGCUCUAUAGACUUCACCACAGCAGACCAGAGAAAACGGUUCACCUGUGUGGUCACUCACAUGGAAAAUAUGACUGCGGCCGACAGCAUCCCGCUGUCUUCAGGUCCUGGUGCCCCAUUGUGGGUCAUCUUCAUUUUGGUAAAGUUGGGUCUGUUUGUGAUGAUCAACGCUUUCCUUUUUUGCGCCGUGAACAAAGAAAAUUGGAGGGGAAAUGGACAGGGAGAAGGUAAUUGGGCAAGAAUCAAGACUGGUAGACGGCAAGUAUGGACGACGGCCUCUUCUGCUCAUCAUGAAAACUGAUGCCUGUCUGUCAGCGUGAACACGAAGUCAAGCUGUUUCUGUUCCACGAUUUACAAGUAAACUCAGACGUUAAAGUUUCUCUUGUUUUCUGUAUCUCUUCAAAGCCAAAUUUACAUUGGCUCAUUUCUUCUUUUGACACCUUUGUGUAUUCAAGUCACAGACCUGAAAUUUGGGACUCUGCGUGUCAUCUUUGUUUUUGUCAGGUUUUUUUAAAUAUUACUUACAACGCUGGACUGCUACAAAUAUUAUUUGGGAAAUUGUGUUGUUGGUCAAUUCAUUGUUUUCUGUUCUUUGUGAAUAUUAUUUUGCUGGUCAGUUUUAUAUUAUCUGUUUAUGGUGAUUGUGCACUUUUAUUGUACAUUAAAUUAU